AUGCCCCCCAUUCGCGGGCACGGGGAACCUAGAAAUCGGGAUGGAGAGGAGGAAGAUCCGAUGCCUCCGCUACUUGACAACCCGAACCAACCAAUGACCUAUACUUUCUUCGCGGACAUGACCCCCAUCUCUUUCUCUACUGUCGCUUCUACACGCUCAGCUGAUUCCAAUGAUCCCCAUCAAUCUUCAGGAUCCACCUCUUUCGUACCUUCGACAUCUAUGAGCGUCACCCCAAUGCCGCCGAUGCAUCCAGACGCCGCGCCAUCGGCCGCGGGUUGGAACUCAGGAUCGCCUACCAUCGAGGACGAAUCGCAGGUAGCAUCAAGCAGCUGGAUGCCACGUCCAACCUCUCACGGGAAGAAACGGGACGCCUCAUACAUCCCCCGACCGCCAAACGCGUUCAUUCUCUUCCGAUCAUCCUUCAUACGCAGCCAACAGGUUCCAGGCAAGGUCGAGGGGAAUCACAGCACGCUUUCUAAGAUAAUUGGCAUGUAUUGGAAAACGCUCCCCAAGGAAGAACGGGAACAAUGGGAGCAGAAGGCCGUCGACGCUCAAGUUGAGCACCGGAAACGUUACCCCGACUGGCGAUUCAGACCCGGCGCGAACGCCAUGGCGAAGCUCAAAAUCAAGGACGGGGGAGGCGGUGGGAGCCGUCGGCGUAACCCCGGUGGUGGUGGUAGCAAGGCUGGGAAAUUUAGCCUCGAUUUCCUCCCUCCCGCAACGUCGGCCACCGGUGAAGGCUCGAGUGGCAAGGGAAAAGGGAAGGCACGUGAAGUCGAAGCGACGAGCAGUACUGGCAGCGCCACGGCUGACAUCAAGGGAAAGGGAAAGGAGAAGGCGAGGGAGCUUGCCCCCAGGAGCGAGAAGAACAAGUCGAAGGAGAAGCGCGUCGAGAAAAUUGUCAGUGAGCUGAUCGAGGGGAAAACGGGGGCCGAACUCGAGUUGGCCAUGGAGGAAUGGGAGGACGGCAGACGAGCGAAGCGGAAGAGCAAAGCAACCAAGUCUAACGCUAAGGAACGCGAGUCGGAGUCGGUGAAAGGAAAAGGCAAGGCGAAGGCAGGGGAGGUUGAAGCCGUCACCGCCAAGCCAGUUGGGCAAGGCCGGUACGCUCUACGUUCUCGCCAUGUCGAGAUCUCCAUCCCCGCGCCGGAGGUUGACGACCAAGGAGAUCCUGACAGCUCCAGCGACACCGAACGCAAUUCUGGCGGGACAGCUGACGCCGAUGGAGAGGAAUACGCAUCGGCAGAUGAAGAGGCCUAUACAUCCAUCCCCUUCGCCCCCCUCACCGACUCUCCCAAGCCGCAUGCUCCAACAGCAUCUCCGGUCUCAGCCUCUUCUACAGCGCAAGCACCACAGCAGCUUCGCGGUGACUACUUUAUCUUUCCUCCCACUAACUCGUCUACGCUGUCCUUCGACCGCUCGAUCGCCAAUUCCUCUUCUCCUACGUCUCCCCCAACGAACGACAAUCGAGCCUCUCCUGAACUCUCAGCUUCGGGUGCGACUGACGCGGACUCGCCCUCCUCGGAAUUCAAAGCCGUUCCGUUGACGUCCAUGUACAAGCGUUCGUUGUCGGCACCAGCGCCGGAGCGGAGGUCACCCUACAACCCUACGCGCUCGCAAAGCGACCAGACUAGUUCAUACAACCGCGGCGAGGAGACUAUGAACGUCACAUCCCAGUCACCACACCUAGCCCCGCCGCUGCCGAGUAACCUCUCCAUGCAUGCCCGAAGAGACACAGUUUGCCUACCCGUGAACUCGGUUGGCUACAGUUCCCCGUCAACGUCUGAAGCAUCCCCAUCUCUCAGCCACUCGCACACCCGUCCUCCUGACCGUCUCUCUCCUCUGCUUCCUCAGCCUCUUGGGGCUGCUGCGCAACCGUUGAGGGUGCAUUGGCAAGGCGAAGAGGAUCGGAACCGCUUCGAGGCCGAACGCCAUCGCCACGGCUACUGGUUCCCUCCCAGCACGACUCAUACGAUCGCAGAAAGAAACGAAGAGGAUCCUGCUUGGCGUCGUGAAACAUAUACUGUCACGAAUACGGAUAGCAUGGGAUAUGAUAUGCCUACUGAGGUGCGGCCAACCCCAACAGUUGAAUAUCUUACAAACCCAUACAUCGUGACGACGAGCGCUGACGGUAGUGGCUUAGUCGAUUGGGGAACAACCCCCAACCGUGCUGGGAUGAUAGCGUCCAUCCCCGAUCCUUUCCUUCCAUUCAAUACUGGUGUUGAUUCUGAAUCCAGCGGUCCCACCAGCCCGAUUUCUCCUCCGAUUUCGUCGUUCUCUACGCUCACUGGGUGGGCGGGGGGUAUGGAUAUGGGAUCCCAUAGCCACCGAGCAGCUACCUCAUCCUCGUCUUCCGCCGAGCGCAAACCCGAUGGUGGUAACAGCGUCUGGAUGGCUUCAGACUGGCAAAAUCAAAUCCAGCCGACAAACAUUGGUCCCUUCGAUUCCCGCAGCUCCGACAACCGCCCUCAUCAAGAACCUCUCCGUAACCACGCACCCGGACCUGGCUCGUCGUCACCUCUGGGGGGCCCCCAGGUCGCAAGAGGUCGGGGACCUCGUAGGUCCCCUAGAUCGUAA